AUGACUUCUAACUGCUGCAGUUCUCUUGGCGGGCAGGUCUCAGAGCCCAAGGCGGCCCCCAUGUGCCUACUGGCCAACCUGGCACACGCCAACCGGAUCCGUGUGGGGUCCACCCCCUUGGGCCGACCCAGCCCCUGCCAUCCCCCGAGCUGCCACAGCGCUUGCCCUCUGCCAGGCACCUGCAACAUCCCUGGCAACAUCGGCAGCUGCGGGGCCUGUGUGGAAGGCAGCCUGAACGGCCACGAGAAGGAAACCAUGCAGUUCCUGAACGACCGCCUGGCCAACUACCUGGGGAAGGUGCGCCAGCUGGAGCGGGAGAACGCGGAGCUGGAGACCAAGAUCCAGGAGUGGAGCAAAUGCCACGAGUCCACUCUGUGCCCAGACUACCAGUCCUACUUCUGCACCAUCGAGGAGCUGCAGCAGAAGAUCCUGUGCGUCAAAGCUGAGAACAACAGGCUGGUCGUGCAAAUAGACAAUGCCAAGCUCGCUGCAGACGACUUCAGGACCAAGUACGAGACCGAGCACUCGCUGCACCAGCUGGUGGAGGCCGACGUCUGUGGCCUGCGCAGGGCACUGGAUGACUUCACGCUGGCCAAGUGCGACCUGGAGACCCAGCUGGAGUCCCUGAAGGAAGAGCUGCUGUGCCUCAAGAAGAACCACGAGCAGGAGGUCCACACUCUGAGGUGCCAGCUCGGGGACAAGCUGCGCAUUGAGCUGGACACUGAGCCCAGCGUGGACCUUGUCAGGGUACUGGAGGAGACGCGGUGCCAGUAUGAGACCAUGGUGGAGACCAACCGCCGGGACGUGGAGCAGUGGUUCCAGGCGCAGUCCGAAGGCGUCAGCCUGCAGGACAUGUCCUGCUCCGAGGAGCUGCAGUGCUGCCAGUCGGAGAUCCUGGAGCUGAGACGCACCGUGAACGCCCUGGAGGUGGAGCUUCAGGCUCAGCACACGCAUAAAGACUGUCUGCAGAACUCGCUGUGUGAGGCUGAGGACCGCUUCGGCACGGAGCUGGCCCAGAUGCAGAGCCUGAUCAGCACUGUGGAGGAGCAGUUGGCCGAGAUCAGGAGUGACCUGGAGCGGCAGAACCAGGAGUACCAGGUGCUGCUAGAUGUCAAGGCCCGGCUAGAGAGUGAGAUCAGCACUUACCGGAAUCUUCUAGAGAGCGAGGACUGCAAGCUCCCCUGCAACCCGUGUGUGACCCCAGCCUCCAGCACUCCAUACCCAGUCCCCGCAGCCUGUGUUCCCUGCUCUCCCUGCCUCUCCCGGACACCUCGGGCCUCCUGUGGGCCCUGCUCAUCCUCUCGGUGCUGA